GUAUAUUAGACCGUAUAAGAAGCAAAGCAUCCAUCUCCCGACAUAAGAGGAGAGAGCCAGAGAGAGACAUCUCACCUCUCUCUUUAUCUCUUUUCGACAUUUCGCCGCAACCUGAGAGCACUGGCCGCCACCAACAAUGCUCCCCAUGCUAAUUCUCAUCUUCUGGGCCAUCCUGGCCCGAUCCUGGCCGUUGGCGGCCACCCACCCACUUCCGCCAACGGCCCAGAAGUCCAUCUUCAUCCUAGCGGGCCAGAGCAACAUGGCUGGGCGAGGAGGAGUGACCAACGACACCGCCACGGGUGUGACCACCUGGGACGGCAUCGUACCCCCCGACUGCCGCCCCAACCCCUCCAUCCUCCGACUCGCCGCCAACCUCACCUGGAUGGAGGCGCGUGAGCCCCUCCACUCGGACAUCGACUACAACAAGACCAAUGGGGUGGGGCCGGGGAUGGCCUUCGUGCAUGCAAUACUGAGGGCUGCGAAACUGGAGUUCGGGUUGGUGGGGCUAGUGCCGUGCGCAGUGGGCGGGACGAAGAUCACCGAGUGGCAGAGGGGUACAGUUCUGUACGAUCAAAUGACGAGGCGGGCUCAGGCGGCCCUGAGGGGCGGCGGGCGGAUCAGGGCGGUGCUGUGGUACCAGGGGGAGAGUGAUACAUUGGAGAGGGAGGACGCUGAGCUAUACAAACGGAGGCUGGAGGGACUGUUCGUAGAUCUUGUUGCCGACCUCCAGUCCCCGGGACUACCAAUAAUCCAGGUUGCCCUAGCAUCGAAAGUGGGUCCAUAUACGGAGACAGUAAGAGCCGCCCAACUGGGGAUUAGUCUUCCGAAUGUUCGAACGGUCGAUGCCAUGGGGCUCCCUCUCGAGCCCGGUGGGCUUCACCUGACCACUCCGGCCCAGGUCCAACUUGGGAAGAUGCUGGCCCGUGCACUCCUUAACUCCAUUCCCAAGCCCAUCAGCUUGAUCAGUAGCAAAGCUCCGACGAUGAUGCCUUCCAAUUUUAUUCUCGACUUUCUCUUGAGACUUGUCAGAAUUUUGGGGACCAUUUGAUAUUAUGCCGGCGAUUUGCAGCCUGAAUUGGCGCAGAGUUGGGUGGAUGUUAGAACAAGCUGGGGCCAAUUCAUUUAGUCGGAUAAAUUAUGAUCUAAACCCGAUAGACCAUUUGAUAUAUAUAUUUGAGUAUAAGAAUAUUAUAAUUUCUUUAAUGA